AAGAAUAUGUUGUCGAUCUGGCAACGUCGCGAACAAAUGUCACAUUUCAGCUGUCAGUCAGUCGUUCCGAAAAUGGCUGCAAUUGUGCGAUUUAAUUUGUUAACAAAGCCGCAUAUUGGGGCGGCUUUGCCAGUCAGCCUGCAGCUGCUGCGGUUCCAAAGCACCCAAGCUCCGCCUCCAGGGACUCCCCCGCCACAAACGAAGACCAAGUUUGGUCCGCUGGCGGACGAGGAUCGCAUCUUCACCAACCUUUAUGGUCGACACGAUUGGAGGCUGAAAGGAGCCUUGAAGCGCGGCGAUUGGUACAAGACCAAGGAAAUUGUGUUGAAGGGUCCGGACUGGAUCGUCAAUGAAAUUAAGACGUCUGGCCUGCGCGGCCGCGGAGGUGCUGGCUUCCCCAGCGGCAUGAAGUGGUCCUUCAUGAACAAGCCCGGCGAUGGACGCCCCAAGUACUUGGUGGUGAAUGCUGAUGAGGGAGAGCCUGGCACCUGCAAGGAUCGUGAAAUCAUGCGCCACGACCCACACAAGCUGGUUGAGGGCUGUUUAAUUGCUGGGCGGGCCAUGGGCGCCCAGGCGGCCUACAUCUACAUUCGUGGCGAAUUCUAUAACGAGGCCUCCAACAUGCAACUGGCUAUUGCCGAGGCGUAUCAGGCUGGUCUUAUUGGUAAAAACGCCUGCGGAACAGGCUACGACUUCGAUGUUUUUAUGCACCGAGGCGCUGGAGCUUACAUUUGCGGCGAGGAGACCGCUUUGAUCGAGUCGCUGGAAGGAAAACAAGGAAAGCCGCGCUUGAAGCCUCCCUUUCCCGCCGACGUUGGGGUCUUUGGCUGUCCAACCACGGUUACCAACGUGGAGACUGUAGCCGUGGCUCCAAGCAUUUGUCGCCGUGGCGGUCCAUGGUUCGCCAGCUUUGGUCGCACACGUAACUCGGGCACCAAGCUCUUUAACAUUUCUGGCCAUGUGAACAGGCCCUGCACUGUGGAGGAGGAAAUGUCAAUCCCGCUUAAAGAGUUAAUUGAUCGUCACUGCGGAGGAGUAACUGGUGGAUGGGACAAUCUGCUGGGCGUUAUUCCCGGCGGCUCUUCCACACCUAUCAUACCUAAAAAUGUGUGCGACGACGUAAUCAUGGAUUUUGAUGGUUUAAUUGCUGCCCAGACAUCGCUGGGUACUGCGGCUAUCAUCGUUAUGGACAAGUCGACGGAUGUGAUAAAGGCAAUCGCUAGGCUAAUAUCCUUCUACAAGCAUGAGAGCUGCGGACAAUGCACGCCCUGUCGAGAGGGAAUCGGCUGGAUGAACAAGAUUAUGACUCGGUUUGUCAAGGGUGACGCGCAACCCUCUGAAAUCGAUAUGCUGUGGGAGAUUUCCAAACAAAUUGAGGGUCAUACUAUAUGUGCGCUUGGUGAUGGUGCCGCAUGGCCAGUCCAGGGCCUUAUCCGUCACUUCAGGCCCGAGAUCGAGAAACGAAUGCAGUUGCAUGCAAAGCGCGCCAGCAAUUAAGUUACAAAGUUAUAGCUAAUUUUAUUGAUUUCAUAAACCAGAGCGCGUCUUGAUGCAUAUAAAGUGUAAAGUUCUCUAAACGAUUUAA